AUGUCUCCUCUCCUUGCUCUUACAGGCCUGAUUGCGGUCGCCGCUGCACAGCAGAUUGGCAAGACUCCUGAAGUCCACCCAAUGCUGCCGACCCAGCUCUGCACCACCCGCCAUGGAUGUGUGACCCAGCAGACCUCGGUCGUGCUCGACGCCCUGACCCACGCGAUCCAGGACAUCAAGACCGGCGCCUCCUGUGAGAACUCGACUGGUUUCCCGGAUCAGACCAUCUGCCCCAGCACUCAGGUUUGUGCCCGCAACUGCGCCAUCCAGGGUAUCAACAACUACGCACAGCAUGGCGUCACCGUCAGCGGCAACUCCAUGACGCUCCACCAGUAUCUGAACAUCAAUGGUGUCGAGACAAGCGUCUCUCCGCGUGUGUACCUACUCGCUCCUGGAGGUCAAAACUACGAUCUCCUGAAACUCCUCAACCAGGAGUUUACCUUCACUGUGGAUGUCAGCAACCUUCCUUGCGGCAUGAACGGUGCCCUCUAUCUCUCCGAGAUGUCUGCUACCGGUGGCCGCUCGUCCCUGAACCCCGCUGGCGCGGCAUACGGUACCGGAUACUGUGAUGCACAGUGCCCCAAGUCCGCUUGGAUCAACGGUGUAGCCAACAUCAACGACAACGGUGCCUGCUGCAACGAGAUGGAUAUCUGGGAGGCCAAUGCCGUGUCCACUCAGUUCACACCGCACGCUUGCAACAUUACCGGCUUGUACGAGUGCUCUGGUGCCGCUUGCGGUGGCAACGGUGUCUGCGAUGAGUCGGGAUGUGGCUAUAACUCGUACGCUUAUGGCAACAAGACCUUCUACGGGUACGGAGACGUCGUCAACACGAAGCAGCCCUUCACGGUCGUCACGCAAUUCCACACGAAUGAUAACACCGCCACCGGCACGCUCAGCAACAUCACCCGCCUCUACAUCCAGAACAACAAGGUCAUCCAGAACGCGGUCGUCCAAGUUGCCGGUAUGGCCGUCAACUCGGUCGAGGACUCCUUCUGCGAGGUCGUGGCUUCUUCCUUCCAGCAGCGCGGUGGUCUCGCGCAGAUGGGCAAAGCAAUCGGACGCGGUAUGGUCCUCGCCAUGUCCGUCUGGAACGACCCGGGCCAGUUCAUGAACUGGUUGGAUAGCGGCAAUGCUGGUCCAUGCAAUGCUACGGAGGGUAAUCCAGCCCUNNCAUUGAGGCCGACGACCCAACUACGAGCGUUACCUUCAGUAACAUCAAGAUCGGAGAUAUCGGAUCGACUUACAGUACUGGCCAUCAUUGAGACAGAUCUGGCUUAG